UUGCGAUUAUAGUGAUAUCGUCAAAUUGAAAACUGUUGAAGUUCACAAACGAUCGGUGACAUCCAAUACAGUAGCUGUUGUUACGUCCGAGGAAUUUUAUAUUAAGUGAAAACAAUUAUAGUCAGCAUGUGGGCGUGCGAUCCAGUGCUGACCACAGAGAUCGUCAACAGUUACCAAGUGGCGGGGCCGCUGUUCGUGCAGUCGUUGCAGAGCUUCUUGGCUGCACAAUGCGCCCUCGCAGGGGACCAUUUGUGGCCACCAGAUGCAACGAAAGCUGUUAUUGAUGAUCCUAACUAUGACUUCAUAGUUGUGGGAGCAGGGUCCGCGGGCGCCGUGGUCGCCAACAGACUGAGCGAGGUGCCAUCAUGGAAGGUUCUACUUGUAGAGGCUGGCGGUAAUCCAACCAUAUCCACAGAGAUACCACAACUAUUCUACAAUAAUAUGAACACUGACUUAGAUUGGGGCUACAAACCUGAACCGUCGGAAACAGCUUGCAAAGGAUAUAAACAACAUCGUUGUGCCUGGCCUCGCGGGAAAGUAUUAGGAGGCAGUAGCAGCAUCAAUGCUAUGUUCUACGUCAGAGGAAACAAAGUCGACUACGACGAAUGGGCAGCUAUGGGGAACACCGGUUGGGGUUACGACGAAGUAUUAGAUUAUUUUAAGAAAAGUGAAAAUUUUUCAGGACCAUUAACGGAUGAAAGUAAGAAGUAUCAUAGUAAAGGAGGCUACCUUAAUGUACAUAAAGCCGAAGCAGCUCAUCCUUUUGAGGAUUUAAUUAUUAAAGCGGCUACAGAAGUAGGAAUAAAACAUUUAAAUGAUAUAAACGGUGCUAGUCAAAUGGGAAUUACUACAUCAUAUUCUACUAUUAAAGAUGGAAAAAGACAUAGUACGGCGAGAGCAUUUUUAAGUGUUAUAAGGGCCAGACCAAAUUUGCAUGUAAUGAAAAAUAGCUUCGUGUCUAAAAUUCUGUUUCAUCCGAAAUCAAAUAAAGUCCGGGGAAUAUUGAUCCAAAAAGAAAAUGAAGAAAUAGUAGUUAACGCAAAGAAAGAGGUUAUAUUAUCUGCUGGAAGCAUAAACACUCCACAUCUGCUUCUUCUCUCUGGCAUAGGACCUAAAGAACAUUUGGAUAGUUUCAAUAUAGAAGUAAAAGCAGAUUUACCAGUUGGCGAAAAUUUACAAGACCAUGUAUUCUUUCCCACUUACUUCAGCACACCAACGGAACAAAAGUUAGUGACCCUGCCUGCCAUUACUACAGCUUUUUCUGAAUAUAUUUUAACUAAUGAGGGCCUUUACGCAGAUGUAAACCCUCACAGAAUUAUUGCUUUUGUUAAUUCAAGCGACCCAGUCGCUAUUAGCCCAGAGGUACAAUUUCAUUAUCUUGUACUACCUCCUAAGAUGGAUGAUUUAAUAGAUAUUUUGGGUCUGCAUAAUUUAAACGAAGAAAUACGGAAAAAAUUUGAAGAAAUAAAUGAAAAUAAAUUCGUAAUAGUUGUUUACAACGUCUUACUAACGCCCAAAUCAAAGGGAAAGAUAAUGCUUAAGAGUACAGAUCCAAGGGAACAUCCACUUAUAUUUGCUGAUUAUUUUAAAGUACCUGACGACCUAAGUGUUUUAAUAAGAAAUGCGAAAAAGUAUAUUUUAACAUUGGAGAAUACGGAAUCUUUCAAACAACAUGGCUUGAAGCUGAGUUGGUUAGAUAUAGAAGCAUGUAGGAAAUUCGAUAAAGGUUCUGGCGAAUUUUUAGCAUGUAUUGCAAAGGAGAUGACUUUCUCAUUGUACCAUCCAGUGGGGACUGCUAAGAUGGGGCCUGAUGGCGAUGGAACAUCAGUCGUAGAUCCUGAAUUAAGAGUCCGUAAAAUUGAGGGCUUAAGAGUUAUUGACGCGAGUGUGAUGCCAUCUAUUGUCAGAGGUAAUACAAACGCACCAACAAUUAUGAUAGCCGAGAAAGGCGCAGACAUUGUGAAAAAGUUUUGGAUAAAAGAGCAUUCUGAAUUAUAAUUAAGAACAAAUAAACUUUUUCAUUAAC